ACCUUGACCACUAAAGUAUUGAAUGAUUAAAAAUAGUUUACCGGAAGAAUUUAAUCAUAACACAUUAGAGGCAUUUUGAACUUUACUAUUUAAUGAAAUCAAUCACUGAAGGCUUUUUACUUUACUGGAGUCACUUUAUUGUUGUAAGCUCUAGAGUCAGUAGCGAUUUUACUGCAAUCAUAAGCCGGGUUCUCUCUCUGUGAUUUUAUUAUUUUUGUUUUAUUAAUGAGUGGCUAAUUGUUUUAGUUUAUUAAUGCACGGUUUAUUGGGGUGAUUGCACAGUGUUGAAGGAUGAUGUUCAUACGCUUAACGUCGUGUUUCAACAGGUUGCUACCACCAAUGGAGAAACCGGGAUCUUCUAUAGGUCCGGAAAGUAGCGCUGAACUUGAAGAUAGAGAUCCCAAUAAUUUGAAUCAUCACUUACAGGUACAAUGGGAUGAUGUAGUGGGUGAACCAGAUGGUGUUAGAAGCCCAGAAUGUGCUUGGAGAUUAAGUGGCCACUGUUUCCGUCUCUCUCGAGGGUGUUGCUAUAUCUUCCUAUCAAUUCUCAUAGCUCCUAUCCUCGCACUAUUUCUAGGAUUCACAUUCGCUUGUCUCUCCUUUCAACAUAUCUGGUGUAUAGCGCCUUGCCUAAGAGUCUGGAAAAUUUCAUGCGCAGCAACUAGAACCUUUUUUACUGCAUUUACACAUGCUAUUGUUCGUCCAUGUACCGAAUCACUUAGCUUUUUUUUUCAUAAUGUUCGUAUCUUCAAUCAACGACUACCUGACGGUCCUCAUCUCAAAGAAGAUGCGUUGAUAGUUUAAACAAAGUUAUAAUCUUAUUGUUCUUCGUCUUUAGUUCUUGUGAUAAUGAUGACUAAUAUUUUGUUGUUAAAUGUUUAUAAUAAUUAAUGAUAUAUGAACUUAUUGUACAAUUUAUUUUGUUGUUAUAUAUAGUAUAUCGUCAAUGAUUUCUUCUGAAAGUGGAAGAGUUGAUUUUUAAUUGUUCAAAUUAUAUGAAAUCAAAAAAGCAGGCCUUAAACUUAUUGUAUUACGAGUAUUGAAGUACUUGAAAAAAUUGAUGUUUUUUAUAGUACUGAAAUCAGUAUACAUCUGACAACUUUUUACUUUUAUUCAAUAAAUAAAUUAGUACUAAAAAUUUACUUUAAAAAAUUGCAUUCAUAAUUUAUUCACUUUUCUCAGGUAAAAUGAUUUCUUACAACUU